AUGGAAAACUGUGGUGUUGAGGUGGUGUUUCACCAUGGGGGGAAGUUUCUGAAUGAUGGAUCAUUCGGAUAUCGUGGAGGGGACACAACUGAAGAAGUUCAAAACCAAGACCUCGAAGGUAGUAUUUUUUUUGAAAUGGGAACAGGUAGUGGAAGUACCUCAAAGUUCCAUAAACAGGCUAGGGGCUUAUCUGAUACUGAGUGGGAAUCUGAAAGUUGUGGAAGUAUUUAUGCAAGUGAUGGGUCAGAUGAAGAAACACAGAGAACCAACCAAGGACAUUUUGGGAUCUUCUCAGAGCCUGCUAAUAUGAAAGAGUAUAAGUGGCAGCUGGGAACAUACUUCCCUAAUAAAAUUGAUUUCACUGAUGCUGUUAGAACAUAUGGAAUACAUAAUGGUAGGAAGUUGAAGAUUUUUAAAAACGAUAAAAGAAGAAUAUGUGUUAAGUGUUGUGGAUCACAAGGCAAAUGUCCAUGGUAUGCAUAUUGUGGCUAUAGGAGUAGCCAGAGUACAUGGCAACUAAGAAAGCUCAUAGAUAGACAUACAUGUAGUAGGGAAUUCAACAUUGGGCUAGUUACCUCCAAAUGGUUAAGUGGGAAAUUAGAGAAGAGCAUGAAAUCAAAUCCUGAAUUAAAUCUGAAAAAUCUGCACUCUAAGUUUUGUCAAAAAUGGAACAUUGGUGUGUCUAGGUCUACAACAACAAAGGCAAAAGCAAUGGCAACAGCGAAUAUUGAGGGUUGUUUCAAACAACAAUAUGAAAGGCUGUAUGACUAUGCACAUGAAAUACUUAGAUCAAAUCCUGGGUCAACAGUCCAAGUGAAAGUAGAUGGAGUUGGUGAACAUGUUAUAUUCAAUAGAAUAUAUGUAUGUUUAAAAGCAUGUAAGGACAGCUUUGUUUCUUGUCGGCCUAUAAUACAUAUGGAUGGUUGUUUUCUAAAAGGUAAGUAUGGAGGUGAGCUUCUAACUGCUGUGGCAAGAGAUGGUAAUGAUCAGAUGUGUCCAUUAGCGUAUGCUGUGGUUGAAGUGGAGAACAAGGAUACAUGGACUUGGUUUUUAGAACUAUUAAUUGAUGAUCUUGGAGGUGGGGCAUCAUGUUCAAGGUGUACCUUUGUGUCAGAUCAACAGAAAGGACUUAAACUAGCUUUACAACAACUAUUGCCUGGUGUGGACCAACGUUAUUGUGUAAGGCACAUAUAUGCCAAUUUUAGGAAAAAAUAUCCAGGCAUUCACCUUAGACAACUACUUUGGAAGGCAGCCUCAGCUACAAACCCCCAAGUAUGGGAAUCAAUCAUGAGACAAAUGAAGGAUGUCAACGAAGACGCCUUUAAACACUUGUUUACUAUUCCACCAAGGUCAAGAUUCUCUGCAAGACCUGCAUGUGACACACUUGUUAAUAACAUGUGUGAGGGUUUUAAUAGUGUGAUCUUAGAGGCAAGGGAAAAACCAAUCAUAACAAUGUUGGAGGACAUUCGUACCUACCUAAUGAAGAGGUGGGCAGCCAAUAGAGAGAAGAUAACAAAGUUUGAUGGUCCCAUUUGUCCUAAAAUUAAGAAAAGACUUCAAAAGGAGCUAGACAAGACACAAUACUGGAUACCUAAUUGGUCUGGGAUGCAAGUAUUUGAGAUCCGGCAUACUUCCAACCUUGCUGAAAAGGUUGUUGUUGAUGUACAGAAAAGAGAAUGUAGCUGUAGGAAGUGGACUGUCUCAGGGAUCCCAUGCUGCCAUGCACUCACAGCCAUGAGGUUUUUAAACAUCACUCCAGAAGACUACUUGCCAAAUUGGUUUAGAACCUCCACUUAUGAGGAAACUUACCAUCCAAUAAUAUUCCCUCUAAAUGGACCUGAGCUAUGGGAAAGGACAGAAUAUCCUGAUAUUUUGCCACCUCCAAAUAGGGUNUUGNCGGGUAGACCAAAGAAAAAAAGAAGACUGGAAAGCUGGGAGCAAAAGAGAGAUGAUACACAACUUGGACAAGCUGGAAUCCCAAAGAGAUGUAGCUGUUGUAGACAGCUAGGGCAUAGAAGACCACAUUGCCCUCAAGCAACCCAACAACAACAACCAGCACCUACAACAGACCCUUCUCAACCAAGUGAGCAGCAAGACCCCACUCAAGCAACUGAAGCAACUCAAGCAACUGACCAACCUACACCAGGCCCCACUCAAGCUACUCAAGAAGUUGGACAACCUACUCAAGAAAGUCACAUUAUUGAAGAUCAAACUACCACAGCACUUUAG